UUCACGAAAGAAAACGUCAGUUCCGUUCCCGCCCUCUUUGUUUCUUUGUUAGAGUGUAUGUUGCGUUUGGUGCGGUUGACCAUUGUUUUGUUUUUUUAAAUUUAGUUUAGCUUUCAAUGGGUAAGAAAAUACGGACGGCACCGGGCCGCAGGCCGAUACUGCAGCUUUCCCCACCGGGUCCCCGUAGCAUUACCACGGUCGGCAGCAACUCGCGAGAGGAGGACCCGGGAUCCACAUCCGAAGAUGAACAGGAUGGCACUGGUGAUGGACCCAUAUUUAUGCAAAGCACCUCUAAGGAGAUCAGAGUGGAAGCAAAACCUCCUGCAGUCAAAGCUACAGAGGGUUUGUCCUUGCUGGGGGCCUAUGAAGACAGCGAUGAAGAGGAGAGCCCUGACUCGCAGCCCCAGCCAGCAAAAGCCAACCACAACCAGCCUGGCGACAUUGACAGCACACUGGCCAAUUUCCUAGCUGAAAUCGAUGCGAUCACGACCCAGCCUGCCCAGACCCCAGAGGAAUCAACGGCUCAUUCUACAGCUCCUCCUCCAACCCCACCUCGCCCGGAUCCCAAAGACCAGCCCCUCACCCCGAGCCACACUGCAGCCCCUAACGGAACGGAGGCUGCGACCAUAGGGGCGGCGUUUCAGUACGAUACCCAGUACUCUCUGUCCGGAGUCGGUGUGGAGAUGGGACACUGGCAGGAGGUCUGGGAUGAGAACUCAGGUUGUUUUUAUUACUGGAAUACCGAGACCAACGAGGUGACCUGGCAGCUACCCCUGGACCUGGUCCAUCAGGUGCAGGGCCUGCAGCACUACGCAGACAGUUCUACUAUGGCUGUCAAUGGCAGUAGCGCACAGAGUGCUGUGUUUUACCCAGAACAGAACCCAGUGAUCUCUACGACUGUGCAGAUCACUAAGAAAGAGAGUAAGAAGGAAGUCAUGGAGAGUGUUGUAGCGUUGACCAGUGAAGAGGAGGAGAGGAGGGGUGUUGCUGCCUCUCUGCUGGCCCCCCUUAUCCCAGAGGAAGUGAAGGAGGCAGAGGAAAGGUGGCGGAAGAAAGUUGUGUGCCUGGAGGAGGAGGGGCCUAGCUCUGAGGGGGAGGGGCCAGAUGCGGCGCCCCCCGCCCCCACUGAAGUAGAGACUUGUUCCCACGGCGACCUGCACAGUAAUGCCCACUCUGGAGAGAGCUCAGAGGUGGGGGAGAAUGAGGAAGAGGAGACGGAGGAAGAUACCCAUGACUUGGAGCUGGUCCUGGAGAGAAAAAAGGCUGAGCUGCGUGCCCUAGAGGAGGGGGACGGCAGCUUGACGGGGUCCAGCCCUCGGUCCGACGUCGGCCACGAGGGCAGCCGCGUGGAGCUGUUGAAAAAGGGGAAGUGGAAGACCACUUUUGUUCGGUCUGCCAGCCCAGAUUCCAACAGCCGUUCAGAAAACACCGGCAGGGAUUCCCCAGACCCCCCAGAAACAGAAAUCUCCUCUGUGUUGGAUGUUGCAGCCACUUCAAAGGGGAAUGAAAUGCCAGUAGAGGAAGAUGAAAUGGACACAGAGGCUCUUUCAGAGAAGACCAAACCCAAAGUGGCCCAAAAAGAAGAGGAAGAUAAUGUCGACCUUAAGUUUCAGAUCGGGGAGCUCGCUAACACUCUGACCAGUAAAAUGGAGUUUUUGGGAAUUAACAAAAAGUCCAUAUCUAACUUUCAGCUGCUGCUUUUACAAACUGAGACCCGGAUUGCAGACUGGAGGGAAGGAUCUCUCAGCGGAAACUAUCUGAAGCGGAAGCUUCAAGAAGCAGCCGAACAGAUUAAACAUUAUGAAAUUAACGCCACACCUAAAGGCUGGUCCUGCCACUGGGACAGGGAUCACAGGCGCUAUUUCUAUGUUAACGAUCACACCAAUGCUUCUCGGUGGGAGUUCCCCGAUGUGGAGGAGGAAGGGGUUUCAGACGGGAAGGACAUGAAAAUGGAGCAGGGCUCCAAAGACCAGGGUGAUCCCAAGCCACCGGCAGACCUGCUUGGGAUCGUGACAGGACCCACCAAUUACAUGAGCCUUGCCCCUGUGCCUCCCGGAUUGCCGGUGCCAACCUACUGGUCCCUGCCCCUGCCCCAACCCCAACCCCCCCUCCCUCCUGCCUGUGACCCCCCUCUGCCUCCAGACUUCCCACCUCCGCCUCCACCCCCUCCAGAGUCCCCACCCCCUCCGCCUCCGCCUCCCCCUCCCCCACCCGCCAGCGAGGAGACAGAGAUAGAGGAGGUGGAGAUGGAGGAAGAUGAGGGGGAGCCCCCAGCUCCGGGCACCGAGGAUGACUCUGUCCGCAAACCCCUGCUGCCUCCUGCCACAUCCAGCUACAAGAACACAGAAUCUGCCGCUUCCCCGGGUACACCAGCUAAGGCUGUGAAGCGGAAAGCAACGGCCUCCGGUUCAGGGCAGCUACAGAAAUCAGCCACUAUUGGCAGCAACGCAGUAUUGUACAGCCAAUCAGCUGUGACAGCAGCCCCGGUGGUUGUUCCUCCAGUUUUCUGGGGAGUCCCGGCUGUGGUUGCUCCUGUCCCUCCAACAGAGACUGUGAUGGCAGCGGGACCGACUCCACCACUUCAGCCAGCCCCAAGCCGACCUCCAGCCUCCAGCAGCACCGACCAGCCGGCAGCGAAAAAUCAGCCAGCGGAGAAAUCCAAGAAACUGAAAAAGGACAAGGCAAAGAAGAGUAAGACUAAGAUGCCGUCUCUGGUUCAGAAAUGGCAGAGUAUUCAGCGUGAGCUGGACGACGAGGAGAACUCGAGCUCCAGCGAUGAGGAUCACACCGUGCUCAACCACAAGCGCAUAGAGGAGUGGAAGCAGCAGCAGCUUGUCACUGGUAAAGCAGGAAAAAGCGCGAACUUUGAAGCCCUUCCCGAGGACUGGAGAGACCGACUGAAGAGGAGAAAACUGACUCAGAGCACAUAGUGUUACAGCAUCACUUUUAAUACUCAUAUAUAUAUAAUUUUUUUUUUUUUUUCAAAUGUACCCAAACUUCUUAAACCAACUUUGUAACUUCAAACAUGGAUAUAAUAGACUUAAAUUUAGCAGUGGAGACUUAAUUGCUUAAAACGGCAGAAGUCGGGUUGCAUUGUACUCUGGUUCCUCAUUAUUAAAUGUUUUAUUUUACACAAAGUGCAAAGCAAAGAGGAAAAGGCAUCUCUAUUUAACCUGCAUUAUUACUCCGAUUCGGUUACAUCAGCAGGGCUGUAUCAAAGCUUACAUUGCCAGUUUUGCUUCUGCAUUAGUCACUGUGCCAUUGAGAGAGCAUUUCUCUGCACUACAGCUUUUAAUUCGGUUGCCACAUUUGUAUUUAACAGUUAAGAUGGUUCAGGUAAAUUGACCUCAUGGCCUUUUCGAUUAAACUUUUUGGUCUGAUGCAAAAGAACUGAUCUGGAGUAUUUUGUGCAGCUUCAUGUUUACUGAUGUCUUACGGUUCAUCAUAUGGUGUUAGUCUAGUUUAAUGCAUCAUUGUUACAAUUUCUUGGCCUUGCUGUAUGCUCUUUCAGCAAAAUAGGUUUGCAUUAAAGCCCAUUGGGGUCAGAUGACAGUGCCUGACACCGAGAUAGGACCUGAAGGCAGGAUCUCCGGGCUGUUUUAGAUGUAAUAAUAUAAACUAUUACUGUUUCACCUACUACAAAACAUGUUUUCUAGUAGAAAUAAAAAUGCAACCCUGUAAAUGCAUCUUAUUUUGUAAGUGUCAUUUUCAGAUAUCAUGUUUGCCACUGUUAAAUGUAAGCGCUAUGGCUUGUAUUUGUAUUCGUGGGAAAACUCCUGAAGGGUAGGGGGUGUGGAAACCAAUGUUGUGGUUGAGGGCAGACUUUUUGAAUAAUAAAACAAAAAACCUUUGUACAUUUUGUAUAUAGCUAUAAAAUAAAAUCUUUUUUUUUAAUAAA